UAAAAAAUGCGUUUCUCAAUCAUCGCCGUCCUCGCCUCCGUCGUUGCUGUCACCAGCGCUCUUGAGUACCCUUUCAAGCCCAACGGCCCAUGCGUUUCCAAGUGCUUGAUGGACAUUGGCAAGAGCAUGAACCCCAACUAUACCGAUGAUCCCAACAGCCCUUACUUCUUGGAGUCGCUUGGAUACGGCCACGAGAGAGGCACUCCCACCUACACCACAUUCAUGUACAAGGCGGGUAUGUGCUACCAGAGCUGCCCUAAGGAGGAGUUGGAUCUUUAUCAGGAACAGUUCCAGGCCAAGGCUGAGUGGUACAAGAAGGCCAAGGCUGAGGCCGAGGCCAAGGGUGCUGCAGGCGAUGGAGCCAAUAAGCCCAGCGCCGCCAACGGUUUGGUUGCUGGCUCUAGUGCCUUUAUCGGUGCCGCUGCCGCUGUUGUCGUUGCUCUCCUUUAAACAUCUUUUCUUUUUAACUUCACUCUGUAAUUAGUAACCAUACUACACUAUUAUAUAAUAAUAAAUUAAACUACUCAUGGCGUUUAUUGAGACCUUGAAAAAAAAGG